AUGAUUUACACUUACAUUUUCAGUAUAAAUACUACGCUACCUUCGGUGCGACUAGAGGACCUGUGGCAGCCCUACCAACCGGCGCGGUUCCCGACAGAUGGCGUCUACUCUCCCAGAGCGCCGCAGGGCUGGCACACUGCCAACACAGAGCUACCCUCGGCAGCGCUCUCGUUUCCUGAAAACGUGAAUCCGCCUCCGGGCGGUACAGUCUCUGACGCAGCUGCCGAGCCGGACCUCGGUACAGUCUCUAACAUUGAGACCGUGGACAUCUGGGACUGGUCGGCCCAGCAGCAGCGGAGGCAGCCGCCGCCGACAGCGACGCUGUUCGAGUCACCCAUCGACAGCCUGAGAGCGAUGGAGGAAAGGAGGCGCCAAGGUCAAUCCAACUACACACCACAGGCCUGGUCCGAUCACAGCGUUCACUGACAUCCUUCAACGUGACGUAAAAAUGACGUCACUAAAACGAAGCGGAGACAGAUUCAGUCACUGCCGGGUGUAUUUGAGCAGUGCUUUGUGACGCAGAUGACAUCAGAAAGGAAGAUGUCAGGAAAGACAAUUGAAUGUGGGCGGAAUUCGAAUCGUAGCGCACUGUUGUGAUGCGAUUAUUACGUCACUGGAUUAGUUGACGUCAGUUGUGGUCAACUGUGUGAGGUGUUUACCUGCUUGAUAAUAACCAUGCGAGUGAAAUGCUUCAGUUUGAAAGUGUUGUCCGGUUCGACUUCGCUAUUUUCCCGCUAAUAAGAGUGGAAUUAGGAAUCGGUAUAGGUACCUGUGGUCAGUCAUCUAAUUCAAACUAGAUAACUCAUCUUCCAAAGUAAAAUAAUAUUGUUUGAGUAACUACUGAACACCAUAUAAUAAUUCUUAACCGUGGAUUUGUGCAUAAUGUAGUGUUGGGUGAACUCAAAGUAUUCUUCCAUAAUAGCUUCGCUGUGCGUGCAGUGCUCCAGCUACUCCAUUUAAAUGUCACGUGCAUUUCAGUUUCUGACUCUGUAUGCUCAGAUUUAUACACAUUUUCUACAUGACACCCAUGACACUUUUUUGUGUGUUUCUCAAAUGUUUAGUUCAGAAAUCUGUUCGAUUGUGGUAUAUAAUAGCCGGAGAUUUAGACGUGCCCAUGGUGUGUCAAAAGUGGAAAUAGCCGCCCGGCUUUAGUUCGCCAGCCUUGUCAAUAGAUGGCAGUACCACAAUAUGGGCAGCGGAUCGUGCAAUUGACGUCAAAUUUUGUUAUCUGCUAAGAAUUGAAUGGCGGAUCUUUCCAUGCAAGAAUCAAGUAAAUCGGUCCACAACUUUUCUAGCAACAGGGACAUGAAGUCAAACACCCUGCCACAGCGGCGGCGCGGCGGCCGGCGGCGGCCGUUACGCGCCGCCCAGGCGCGCCUGGGAGCCUGGCGGCGCUGAACGGUUCCGACUUGGCACUGCACUAAAACCUGUUAACUGCUUGGAAUAGUUAUUUUAGCAAAAUUUUCAUUCAAGUGAGGAAUAACCAAGGGCAGGAAGUAUGUAUGCUUGUAUGCGUACUGUGUAAUUCAAGAGACUGCAUUAGCAGAUACUCGCUAAUAUUAGAUCCAGCCAAGUCCAAACGCAUUCAAGGGGAUGUGAUUCUGAUGGGUCAACAAUAUUUAUCGUUCGAGGGCGGAUACAGUUUUAACAAUACAAAAAAUAUUUUUGCACAGCUCUAUUCCUUGAAUAAUUCUCUUCAACGCCUCAUUCCUAGUUAAGCGAAUUAGCCCACCCUGGUUGAAUAAAUAAGGCGAUUUCGCCACAAGGUCGCGGAAAACAGACCGAAAACGGCCGCGCUCAACGUUAAUUUGGGCAUGCAGACUCUUAAAAACUCGCAUUGGGCGGGUAGGGUUUCCUAGGUAUUGGCUCCAAAACACCGUAUUCGGCUCCCGAAUACGUCCAAGUGACCCGCCUCGUUCCUAGUUAAGCUCUAAUUAGAUCAAGUGACUCAUAAGGAGCGAAAAAGCGACAAAAAGCAUGAAUUUCCCUAUGGCGGCGGGCUGCCGGGUUGCCAGACGGCGCACCGGCUAUUUCCACUUUUGACACACCAUGCUGUUUUGUAUUUUCUCACUAUCUCGCGAUGUCGGUUUGAAUGAGUCCAUGCCAGCAAUGCCUUUCUCGGCGUGAGACGACUUGUGAAUGUUGUUGACUGCUUCGAUGCUGUUCUGGAUCUGCCAGUCUGCUUUGCAAUAAAAACACAACUGUUUCAA